CGCUGAUGGCGGGAAGCGCUCCGCUCUCUGGGGAGGCAGCGCUAUAGAAGCGAUGGUGGCAAAGCUGCGCCUUCAGUAGGCGGGAUGGAAGAAAACCGUUUGCUUCCUAAGUCUGAUCUGGGUCUGGUGUAAAUUCCUCUGCUGUUUCAUCUCGGUUUUUGUCUUGAAGCGCUCACCAGAGGGGCUGUGUGUCAUUAAAUACAAAAGCAGUGGAGAUACAGGGAUAGAUAAAGAUGUAGUCUGGGCUAUGUGCUUUCAAAAGGAAAACUAAAAAAAAGAAGAAAACAAAGCAAAACAACAGCAACAACAAAAGCCAAUCAGUCAUAUCAUUAUGUACAAACAAGCGUUUGUUAAUGCCGGAGAGUAAUUGUAACAUUCUUUUCUCAGCUUUACGAUUUGUGCAAAUACAACUAACUGAGCCCAGUGCAGAAAGAAGUGGUGUAAUUCCCCAUCCUUCCUGAUGGAGAAACAGCCAUCACUGCAGAAAACUCAAGGAGUGAUGCAAAGUGAAAACCAAACCCAGAACCCUGAGGGGAUAAUUAAAGAGCUGUGCGCGUGUAAUGGAUUGUCUUAUGAGAACAUAGAUCAAGAAGGACUGAAAACAACAGCUCUGGAGAUGUUUUUCUCUGGUUACCCUAGAAUUGUAGGCAUGAAAUAUUUCCCAAAUCUAACUACUCUCACUCUUGUUGGGCAACGUAUUGAAAACAUUACAGGCCUGAAGCACUGCUUGUUGCUCAGAGAGCUGUGGAUUGCUGAGUGUUGUUUAGUGAGAAUAAGUGGUCUACAAAAAUGUGUAAAUUUAGAAAAGCUUUACCUUUAUUGCAAUGAAAUUUCCAAGAUUGAAAAUCUGGAAGCCCUAACAAAGCUGAAUGUACUUUGGUUGAAUAAUAACCAGAUCAGAAACAUAGAGGGCUUACAUACUCUGCAGAAUUUGCAAGAGGUCAACUUUGCUGGAAACUUAAUAUCAAAAAUAGGAAGUUGCUUGGACUUCAAUACAAAAAUUGAAAAAAUAAACCUCUCUCAUAACAAAUUAUCUUCCUUCAAGGAACUCACUAAUUUGUCAAGACUACCUAAUUUAAAAGAUUUGGCCCUAAAUGAUCCUCUGUAUGGACCCAACCCUGUAUGCCUUCUUUCUAAUUAUGCCAUCCACGUGCUGUAUCACAUACCACGGCUUCAAAGGCUGGAUACGGAUGAUGUUUCUCAAAAGCAUAUCAAGAUUCUGGCAGAGACUACAAUUAUGAAAAAAAUAAUGUACUAUCACAUGCAUGUAAAAAGCGUUCAGAGACAGCUCCAUGGCAAGCUUGAGGAGCUAAAAGAAAAGAAAAGCAGACUGCAGAGUUUGCCAGAAAAUAAGAUAAAGUUGUUCAUCUGCAACAUAAAACAACUGGAAUGUGAACUGGACAAGAUGGAAAUGCUGGAUAAAACAGCAAGUAGUGAAUCUCAAAGGAGAAGGAAUCUGGCAACUGAAAAUUCAGUUCAUGAUAAUGAAGAUGCAGAAAAGGCAUGCCUUAAAAAGGCAUUUGUACAAAAAAUAAAUGCCAUGAAGGAAAGAAUAACAUUCUGGAACAGAAAACUGGAUGAAAUUGAAAAAGAUUACCAAAUGGAAAUGAAGAAGAAGAAGAAGAGUUUUAACUUGUUAGUCCGAUUCCUGUUGUUGGAAUUGGAAACAUUGGGAAACAUUCACUUUGAAGAAGGUUUAUCAAAUAAUCCCUGGUUUAGUUCCUGUUGUGAUCUAAUUCAGUCACGAUUUUGUAGCAGGGAUUUCAGAGUGUAUGAUAUCAUUGGAGUGAAAAUAAACCGUGCAUUUAGGGUGCACAAUCAAAUCCUAAGGUUGAAAUUUGAAGAGAAGCUCCAAACGUUUCUGGAAAAAGAAACCUUCGGUGUAGCAGAAAACUACAAAGAGAAGAUGGAGUAUCUCUUUUAUGUAUUUAAUCCUGAGUGGUCAAUUAAGGAAAAGCAGCUGCUUCAGAUACUGGAAGAUGGCUUUCAUGAUGUGGAAACGCAUGCGCAGCCUGGGAGGAAUGAAGCUGUCCUUCUUUGUAACAGCCUGAACAUAUGUGAAUGUCCCAGAAUAGAGUUUCUGAAACAGCAAGCCAAGACAGAAGGCAAAAACAGGAGUGAUCCUGAGGAGUCAUUCAGGCAUGGGACAGUGAUAAUUGCAAAAGUUUUCCUUGGCCACAGUGCUCCAGUUUGUCCAAUGAAUCCCAUCUGUCAAGUCAAUUACCCAGGAGCUAAUUCAGUAUUCAGGCCAUGGAAAUGCCUAGAAAGGGAUGCAUCUCCUUCAGAAAUGUGGGCUCCUUUGGAACAGAGAAAUUGUGACAGCAAUGGAUGGCAGUGUGAGUGGUUUGUAUUUGACUGUGACCUGGUCCUGCCAGAAUACAUCGCUGACCUUGAAUACAUUACACUGGUCAAAGAUAAGUCUCUAUUUUCGACAUGCAGCAUAAUUAUGGAAGAGAGAAAGAGAAGCACAGAAGUUUUUAUUCCAUCUCAUGAUUUGCAACGUGAUGAUGAAGUUUUGAACAUGGAACCAUCAGUAGAAGUGAGGCCUAAGAUUACCUGUUUAGAUGAAGUAAAAAUACUUUCAAUAGCUAAGGCCGAUAUCUACAGUCAGCUACAGGUCUUGAAUUUACAUGGAAACAGACUGAAGAAGCUGCAGAACAUCUCUAGAUUUAAAACACUCCGAAAGCUUAUCAUCAGCUUUAAUGACUUUGCUUCUUUAAAUGAUAUUUAUGACUUGCCUAACCUGGAGUAUUUGGAUGCAAGCCAUAACCAUGUGAUCACUCUUGAGGGCAUUAGAGGCUUAAGCAAACUGCAAUUCUUUGACCUAAGCUGGAAUGAGCUGAAAAAGUCCAAGGAAGUUAUAAAAAUCUUAUGUAAACAUACUCCCAAUUUACAAAGCCUGGACAUCAGACACAACCCAUGGUAUAAGCCCACCUCCAUCCGGCUAAGUGUCAUUGGCCGACUAAAGACUCUCACUAACCUAGAUGGAGUCCUGAUUGCUGAUGAAGAAGCUGCAGAAGCAUUAUACUAUAUUGAAGGAUCAGUGAUAACCCAGGAAUUACUGUUGAAAUAUUCCAGGACUGAUGAAGAAAAGCCUCCCAUUCUCAGCAUAUUUUCUUGUGCUACAGUUCUGUCUCAAAUCAGCAAGAAUAGGGUAGAUUUAGAGAUACAUAACAACUGGUAUUCAAUGAUCACUGUCUUAAAUCUGGAUGACCAACAUCUCUUCAAAAUUUCCAACUUGGAAAAACUGGAGCACUUAAGAUGGGCAUCAUUUAGCAACAACAAUCUCACACAAGUAGAAGGACUGGAGUCUUGUCUUAACCUCGAAGAACUCACUUUAGAUGAAAACUGCAUUUCAACACUUGAUGGAAUUUCAAAGCUCACCAAACUUACAAGACUCAGUGUAAAUAAUAACCAUCUUACCAGCCUCAAAAGACACGUGUUUGAGAAUCUGUCUCAUCUUCAUUACAUCUCUGUUGAGAACAACAGGAUCGCAUCUUUAGUUGGUUUAAAGAAAACACACUCCCUAAUAGAAUUAUACAUAAGUUAUAACUGCAUUUCUACGAGCCAAGAGAUCUAUCAUUUAAAGGGUUUAACUAAUCUGAUAAUUCUGGACAUGAGUGGAAAUGGAAUAGUCUGGAAACAAGAUAACUACAGAUUAUUUGUAUUAUUCCAUCUUCCCUCUCUCAAUGCUUUAGAUGGCAUCUCUGUAGAACCUGCAGAAGGAGAAUGUGCAAAAGAUUUGUUUGGAGGCAAACUCACCUCUGACAUGAUUGCAGAUAGGCUGGGACAUUCAGACUUCACAGAAAUGCAAGAAUUAGAUUGGGCAAACUCUAACAUAAGAGCUGUAGAGCUGGUGCCAGCAGAUCAGUUUAGAAGUGUCAACAGUGUGAAUUUACAGAACAACAAUCUCACAUCUUUCAGUGGAUUAAUCUUCCUUCCUAAUGUCAAGGUACUAUGUCUGAAUUACAAUCACAUUGAAUCAAUACUGCCUGGACAAAAAUCUGCAGAUGAGUUAACAAAUAGGCAACAACUGCACCGAAAGGUGAUCUCUAGUGGUUAUGGACAACAAGAAUAUACCAAAGGAAGAAGGGAUGCAGGGUUUGAAGAAAAUCUGCCUCCAAUAAUGCAGAGUUUGGAAGUUCUUCAUCUGGGCCAUAAUGGAAUUACUGACAUGGCCUACCUACAGCUUAGCAGGCUAAAAAACCUGAAGUUUCUAUUUUUGCAGGGAAAUUUUAUCAGCCAAAUUGAAGGACUUGAAGGUCUCCAGUUUCUGCAAGAGUUGGUGCUGGACCAUAACCGCAUUAAAAGAAUUUCACAAGGCUCUCUUGCUGGACAGAGUGGCCUUCAGACUCUCAAUCUAGAGAAAAACCACAUACGAGAACUGAAUGGUUUAAAACCCUUGGUAAAAUUAGAGAAACUCUUUCUUCAGUUCAACAGAAUUCAGGAAUUUUCUGAACUAGAAAAGCUUCAAAUUAUUCCUAGUCUCAAGGUGCUCUCACUGCAUGGAAAUCCAGUUUAUCUCAAGAAGAACUACCGUUCAUUGCUUCUCAUCCAGCUGCCAGCACUACAAGUGUUAGAUGGAAUCGCAGUAAAUGCAGAAGAGAGGGAUUUCCAAGUUGCAAACUCCACAAAGGACUCUGGAUUUCCUGCACUGCCAGACAAUUUUACAAGACGCACUCCCCUCAGGAUCUCAACAGUGGAUCUGAAUGAAAGCAUUAACCAUUUACUUGAUCUUACAUUUGGUCACAAAGUUGAAGAGCCUCUACUGAAUAAAUCAAAUAAAAGUAUGCCUGGGAAUCCAGCAAUUACAACACACAGUCUUCGAAGCAGCCAUGUAAAAAGAGCUCUUAGGCAAGCCAAAGGAGCAACAACUAAUCUUAGAAGCAGUUUGGUGCCUCACGGUGUUACUUCUCAAACCAGCCAACUGCAUAGGAACAACAGAGAAAAUGUGGGCAGAGAAAAUUCACAAUGCAUCUGUGAGAACAUCCUAGGAAACAAUUAAAAAUUUUGCAGCUGAAACAAUGACUAUUAAACGGAGCCAGCUCUUUGAUAAAAAUAAGCUUGUAUCUACUAAAUCCCUGUUUAAUCCUGUUCUGUCAUGAGCUCAAAACUUCAUUUUGUUUUGUAUUUGUUACCCAGUUUUGUUUAGUAAUCAAGAAUAUUAAGUAUGGAAGCAGAAGUGCAAGAGUGAAGCUGUUACUGUGGUUAAUUCUGUCUAAUCAUUGUUAUGUAAACAGCAGUAUCUUGCUAUUACUUGCUGCCAGCUGAUGAAAUGAACAGGUAGGUUACACCAGCAUUUCUUAGUAUAUCAAACAUUUAUCCACUACAGGAAAGUGGACAGCUCUGGAACGAAGACAUUUCUAUCUUGAUUAUUAAUAUUUGCUGCCUAAAGAGAUCCCAUCAAAGUCAGCUGUGUAAAUGAGUGUAACCAGUAUGUGAGCUGUUUGUUUUUGGUUUUUUUUUUGUUUUUUUUUUUGCAAGAUUAGUCUCAAAUGAGCAUUUUUCUUAGGCAUCCUUAAUAUAUUUUUAUACUAAAAACUAUGAUACAGGUCCUGUUUCUUCUUGCUAGAAAAAAAAAAAAAAAAAAUCAUUAGCUAUAUUUUGCCACUGAGAGAGCUAGUUAAGGGUUUGUUCUCAGAGAUGUUUCUCACACAACCAUCUUCAGCUGGUUUUUGGAUGGGCACAGACAUAAUAGGAGCAGUUUCCAAAGGAAAAUGUAUUUCUGGUGAGCAAUGUGACCAAACCUCUGGAGGAAAACACUUUAAAUAAACUUGAUUUAAUCAGGUAGUGCUGUGCUGACUCAGAUGUUACAGAUGAGAAAGCAGGUCAGAGGAAAUGGUAUUACUCACAAUGGCUGUUCUGUGCAGUGCACAAUUCCCCCUAGCCUCAUUUGAAACUGGCCUCUCCAUAUGACUGUAUUCUACACUGAAUGUGUCCCACCUAGGAUCCUUCUGCAGGCACUUCUCUGCACUUCUCAGAUAGGGUACAUGAAAUGCUGUAGCAAAUACUGUUUACUGAUGUUUACUUAAUUUCUAUUUUAAUUUUAUUUUUUAAAUAUUGAUAAAUCUUGCUUCAGCCCACUGCCUUUUGUUCCAUCGAUAUUCCAGGUACCUUGCAGACAUGAGAUCUUUUAGGAUAGCUGAUAUUCCUGUAGGAAUGUCAUGCUAGCAAGCCUCUGCUCUGCAGAAUUGCUUCGUGAGCAUUUUCCCAUUCUCUUAGAGAGCUGGUUGCAAAUGUUAAGGGAAAGCAGGUACAAAACAAGGAGCCCGAAUCCCUGCUUAACAUGCAAAACAACUUUGUUUUACCAUUGCAGUCUCCACUGCAGUUCCCUGCUUACAGCAGAACAUCUGACUUGUUUAGCUUUCUGAACAGUAAAAUCUCCUGGGCUUCUUUGUGUUGACUUUAAAUAUUGUAGUUUUAUAUUUUGAUAGAAGGCAAAUUCCACCAAGGAGAGAUUAUCAAAAAAGAU